AUGAAAGCACAACAUCAGGGUCUGAAAGCACCUCACAGGAAUCUGAGAGCACAACAUCUGGGUCUGAAAGCACAGCAUCUGGCUCUGAAAGCUCUGAAAGCACAACAUCAGGGUCUGAAAGCACCUCAAAGGGAUCAGAAAGCACAACAUCAGGGAUCUGAGAGCACAACAUCAGGGUCUGAAAGCACCUCACAGGGAUCAGAAAGCACAACAUCAGGCUCUGAAAGCACCUCACAGGGUUCUGAAAGCACAACAUCAGGGUCUGAAAGCACAACAUCAGGGUCUGAAAGCACCUCAAAGGGAUCAGAAAGCACAACAUCAGGGUCUGAAAGCACCUCACAGGGAUCUGACAGCACAACAUUAGGCUCUGAAAGCACAACAUCAGGGUCUGAAAGCACCUCAGAGGGAUCUGAAAGCACAACAUCAGGGUCUGAAAUGACCCCAGAGGAGACAGGAAGCACAUCAGAGGAGACAGGAAGCACAUCGGAGGAGACAGGAAGUUCAUCAGAGGAGACAGAUAACAGAAGAGGAGACAGAAGCACAUCGGAGGAGACAGGAAGUUCAUCAGAGGAGACAGGAAGCACAUCGGAGGAGACAGGAAGCACAUCGGAGGAGACAGGAAGUUCAUCUGAGGAGACAGGAAGCACGUCAGAGGAGACAGUAAGCACAUCGGAGGAGACAGGAAGUUCAUCAGAGGAGACAGGAAGCACAUCUGAGGAGACAGGAAGCACAUCAGAGGAGACAGGAAGCACAUCUGAGGAGACAGGAAGUUCAUCAGAGGAGACAGGAAGUUCAUCAGAGGAGACAGGAAGCACAUCUGAGGAGACAGGAAGCACAUCGGAGGAGACAGAAAACACAUCUGAGGAGACAGGAAGCACAUCGGAGGAAACAGGAAGCACAUCGGAGGAAACAGGAAGCACAUCGGAGGAGACAGGAAGCACAUCUGAGUCCGGGAGCACAACAACUGGAUCUGCAAGUACCUCACGGGAGUCUGAAAGCACAACUCAGGGAUCUGAAAGUACCACGCCUUCUUCAGAGUCUACAGGCUCGACGUGCAUCACAGCUCCUCCCGAAGUGGCGUCGAGGAUCGAGGAUCUGAACCAGGCCUUGGGCGAGAUCCAGAUGCAGAUUGAGGCAGUGACCACUGAAUUGGCCGACUGCUACAAUAAUGCUGAAAAACUCACUGAAAUCCACCUUUUGUCGUCGAAUCUUGAAGCCCUUCUCCAGGAACUCAAUGACAUUAUUAUAGCUCUUGAAAACCUUCAGGGAUCAAGAAGAAGGUUCCUAAUGUCAUCAUCGCUUUUGUCUCUACUAAACUCCGUGAAUCUUCGAAAGGGUGUGGUAUGUACGGAGCCCGACAGCUUGCCAGGCGUGCUGAAAGACCUUAACAUAGCACUGUCCUCAUUUGGUGAAAACCCGACAGAUCAAGACCUUGCUGAUCUUGUUUCCUGCGCUGCUCAUCAAACACUGACUGUUUUCUCACAGGUGGCUCGGGGCAAGAAAGAUCUAAGUGCUUCAGACCGAGCUGAAUCUGAGCGUCUUCUCCAGCAACUGACUGGGCACAGAAUGGCAGGGAUUGCAGCUGUUGUGUCUCAGAACCAAAGCUACAAUGAAGCUAAAAGAUCUGCUCUCGAGCUCCGUCUGUCUGAACUGACGUCCCGGCAGCAGGAAAUCCAAGGUGCCCUAAGGGAGGUUCACGAGGGCAGCCUUGGUGCAUAAGAACAAAACACCUGGUCGCGACACUUAGGAUAUGCCAGUAUCUCUACACUGCGUCCUUCAGCGAGGACUGUAGUUUAUAAUGACAUUUUUACUAAUUUACAAACCGCAUUAGUGCGAUCUGGUUUAUGAAAAAAGAAUCAAUGAAUUUAGUGGCACUUUUCUAGCCUCACAAUUUACAAAAUAUCACUGUUAUGCUUAUUAAAGCUUUUCCUUUCUACUGCAGAUUGGUUACAUGUUUUGUCAUAUAAUAUAUAUAGUUAGAAUGGAAAUUAUUAUUAAAACAUAAACUUUAAUUUACCUUGGUAGGAAUGCAUUCCUCUUUGUUUUGAAUAGAGAGUACUUGAGUAAAGUCUCUAAUCAAUUCAUGCUCAUAUAAAAGAACAAACACGUAAAAACAUAAGAUCUAACAGAAACAUCCAUACUAUCAAAGCAUACAUAUUUACAAAGACUUCUGUUGUUGAUUGUAACGAACAUAAAGUACGUGAUAAAAUUAAUUGAUGAAACUACUUUGUCUAUAUACUCACAAAAUCAUAAAAGGGAUAUCACCCAUAGGCCGUUGAAACGAAAUGAUCAGAAUUAAAAUAUAUUUAAGUAAA